AUGAAUAAUAUAAAUGAUUGGUACGUGAGCCCAUCAAGAGAUGAAGAAUACGGAGAUAGAGUACAUUUGUUACACCAAACAAAUGUAUUGGACGAGUCACUUAAUAAUUUGACAGAAUCGAGAGCAGUACUAAAUGAAACGAAUCAAAUCGGAGCAAACGUAAUGUCAAAAUUGUUGAACCAAAGAGACAGUAUCAUGAGAACGAAGCAGUUGGUGGGUGAAACGCAAGAUAUACAUCACGAAGCGAGAGAUUUAAUCAGGUCAAUUGGAAGAUCGGAAUUCUACACGAGAGUACUGCUCUACGUGACGAUAUUCAUGUUGGUCAUGGCAAUAGUGAUGAUUCUAAUUUAUAAGCUUCUCAAGUGA